GAACACUUGAAUCGUGACAUCGUCUGGGCACUAAGAUCUUUCAUGCGAUGUCAGGUCCAGACAAGCUUUAAAGCUUACAGGAAUGGUGGGGAAUGCCUGUCGAUCCGCCUUGGAUCCACCUUCGUAUGAGCGAAUCGCAGUCUGACCCCGGUGAGCAUCAGCUGCAACAAAACAACGAUCGAAGGGAGCUAGAGGCAUGCUUCGCGUUCAUAAGAAGCAGGGUUCGCUCUGCUUGAAUGUCUUCAUUUACAGAGCCAGCAAAGAAGAUCACAAUGUACAGCAGUCCCCAUUUCGCACACUACACCGCACCAACACCGACCGUAGCCGAACGCGAGCGAAUACUCACCAAAGUGGCAAAAGUGCAUCAAGAUCAAGUAGCUGCACAAACAGGGGCACCUGCCUGUGCAGAAUCCGAGCCACCGCCAGCCUACACCCCCGAGUCCGCAGCACGUGACCUCCUCGCGAUGCGCGAGGGCGACCCCGAUGAGAAGAUUGAAGUCCCCUUCAUCUACUCUCACGACAAAAAGUCUCUCACGGACUACCUCGCCUUCCGCAACGUCGGGACCGUAACGCGUCGCAUUGUUCCGCGCCCAAUGUCACGAAGGCUAUAUAACGAGCGCUAUGCCCAUGACGCGGAAGGGAACUUCAUCGGUACGGGCGUCAAGGCGCCGGAUGCUGGAUUGGUCUUCAUCCCGAGUAAAGGCACAGAGCAAGAUCUGCUGGACCAGGUCAGCAAGAUGGCGCAUAGCAGGAAGAAUCACGAUCCGUAUGCGUUUAAUGACGGCCAUGGAAUGAUGCCUACGAGUGGUAUCGGAGGUGGUUGGGGCGCUACUGGCUAGUAUGUUUGCUUUGUCUGAGAUUGAUAUUACGCGUCCUAUUUACUAAGCGAGUGGCGGUGAAGUUGGGACGUUUGUUUUGUUCGUAGACUUGAAUUUGGUAUCGUGUCUCUAUUUGGCCUUC